AUGUCUUCCCCGGAUCCACCAGACAACAAUAGCAGUCCCAUGUCGUCACCCUCUGACGCAAGAUAUGAUACCGCCUUGUCUGACACAAUUGAUACGGUACAAGAUAACGAGACCUGGGACGACUUAUCGUCUCCGGAACCAGAGUUGACAAUGAUGUUGACGGAAUUGAAUAAUCGAUUACGGUCGCAAACACAGAAUAUUAGAAACUACCGCAACCACCAAACUACAGAAAGCAAUAACAGUAUAGACGAUUCAGAAAUAGGAUCUCUAUCGCAAAGGGAUAUUCCACAAUGGCAAAAAACUGCGAAAAGAACUUUGGUGUUUAUUGGGUAUACAAUUACUACAGUCCUAUUUUCCAUCAUAAUUUAUUUACAUUCCUUAUUGGUUAGAUGCAGCUAUGACGAGGAAACGUCAACCAUGUUGUUGGACGGCGUGUUCAGAGCUCAAGAGAAGGCAAUAGAUGACUACCAUAGAAGACAUCGUGUACAAGUUGAAAAUGACGAUAAUUAA